AAGAAAAUCCACAAGUAACACGUCUUAUAAAACCACAAAUAUUUCUUCAAGUAGCAUUAUCACCUAUACAAACUUCAUGUUUCAUAAUUAUAGGUAACCGAGAUGAAAUAUUAAAAUUUCUUGAAACACAUUCUAAAGUUCCAAUCAUUAUUACCACCACUACCACUACUGAUAAAAAUAUUUCUCAAGUGGGAAUUGAAAUUUCUAUUUCACCUUAUAAUAAAAAACCUAUUGGACCUACAGCAUUAGGCACAAGUACAUCAUUUAAUUGGAUAAAAGUUUUACUCCCUAAUACUAAAUGUAAAGGGAAAUGGAUAAAGUGGGCGGAAAAUGUAAAGAUUUGGUAUUUUAAUUUAGGAAUUACAUUAGGAGAAGUUAAAGAAGUCAUAGAAAAGGAAAGUUGGUUUUGGUGA